GAUGGAGGCUGCAGCAGCUUAUGGAGCCGGGCGCGCGGGGGGAGCGUUCGACCCCGUCACCUUCAUCAAACAACCGCAGACCAUCGUGAGGGCCGUCAGCUGGCUCUUUUCGAUUGUUGUCUUUGGAUCAAUUAUCAAUGAGGGUUACAUGAACCGACCCACGGAGGUGGAACAGCACUGCAUCUUCAACCGGAAUCCCAACGCCUGUAACUAUGGCAUCACCAUUGGUGUGCUGGCCUUCCUCGGCUGCAUGGCCUUCCUUGCCCUUGAUGCUUACUUUCCACAGAUCAGCAGCGUAAAGGAUCGCAAAAAGGUGGUUCUGGGAGACAUUGGAUUUUCAGCGUUUUGGUCUUUCCUAUGGUUUGUGGGAUUCUGUUUCCUCACCAACCAGUGGCAAGUAACGGAUCUGGAGAAGGAUGACCCGUUACAGGAAGGAGCUGAUGCUGCUCGAGCUGCUAUCACUUUCUCCUUCUUCUCAAUCUUCACCUGGGGUUAUUUGGUUCUCUUUGCCAUGGAUCGAUUAAAAGGCAUCACCUUCACUGAGGAAUACAAUAAAUUGUUCCCACCCCAGCAAACCCCUCCUCUUGCUUAACUACAGCAUCCUUCUCUGCUUCCAAACACCCAGACUCUGAAGUACAGCAGUUUGAACACUGUGAGCUGCUAGACUAUCCCUGCUUGCCUGAGUGGUUUUCUCUCAUGCUGCUAUAACUCGUGAUUGUGGUGACCAAUCUGAUUUUUGAGGGAGAAAGCAAAUUUGAUUUUAUUGCCUGUGAGAAUAAGCAGGUGUAGCUUUGUAAGUUGUCCCAUACCCCUACCUUACUCCUUAACUCACUCUGUACCUGUGGCGGUUUGCUGAUUGAGAUACAGGAUGUUUUAGUAUCAAGUAAUCUGAGGAGCCCCACACUUUGCUCAUAGUCAUAACCCUCAGACUCACCCUCUCUCUCUCUCGUCUACCUUGGCCUCCAAAGUUUCGCUGUGCCUCUGCUUCACCUGACCACUGCUGUCUCUCUCUUUCCCUUGCCCUUGCUUGCAUUAACUCGCUAAUUUUGCAAAUUGUGAUCCUAAGAGCUGAUGAACGUGUUUGGUUUAUUUAUCGUCUUCACCGUCUGCUUUGGAUAUUUGUACUUCCAGCAAAUAAGCUUCACUUGAGCCUGUAGGGUGUAUCAGUCCAGCGGGAUUCUAACAUUUUCCACUCCCCAUAGCCCAGCAAGUGUCAUGUGUCGUCCCGAAAGUUAUAUCGGUUUCAGGAUUGAUUUAAAGCCUGACAAAGGAUCUUGCUACAAGAAACUCGGCAGGUGUGGCAGCAUCUGUGGACAGAAGUCAGAGUUAACAUUUUGGGUGCAGUGAUCCUUCCUCACAGAUGUUGCCAGAUCUGAGUUUCUCCAGCACUUCGUUUCAGAUUUCCAGUAUCUGCAGUUCUCUGUUUUAUAAAAGGUUCUAGCUGGUUAGGUUAAUCUCCACAGCUGAGUUAGUAUGGACAUGAGCUGAGAAUGUUUCAGUAUUCCAUGUUUCCUUAUCACUGACGUGUAUCUGCAGAUGCAAAACAAUUAACUGCUUGGAUUUGUCGCAGUGCUCAUAUCAAAGACCUUUAAAACUGCUUUCUAAUGUGUUAACCACAGAUCUCAUAAUGUGCUUUGCUUUCUGAAGGUCAUUAACAUUCUGCAUGCUAACAUCACUAACUGCAGUGUCCUUUUUACUGUUCCACCUCUCGAUGUCUGUUUUACUAUGGCCCUGCUACUCCCUACACUCUCAUUCCUUCCCCAAAACCCAUUCCAUCUCUGCCCCCAUCUCUCUCUCUCUCUCUCUCUCUCUCUCUCUCUCUCUCUCUCUCUCUCUCUCUCGCUUUCUCUCUCUGGCCCCAUCUCUCUCUCUCUCUCUGCUCCAUUUCUAACUCUGUCUCUGCUCCAUCUCUUGCUCUCUCUCUCUCUGCUCCAUCUCUCGCUCUCUCUCUGCUCCAUCUCUCGCUCCCUCUCUCUGCUCCAUCUCUCGCUCCCUCUCUCUGCUCCAUCUCUCUCUCUCUCUCUGCACCAUCACUCGCUCUCUCUGCUCCAUCACUCGCUCUCUCUGCUCCACCUCUCGCUCUCUCUGCUCCACCUCUCGCUCUCUCACGGUUCCAUCUCUCGGUUCCAUCUCUCGCGCUCUCUCGGCUCCAUCUCUCUCGCUCUCUCUGCUCCACCUCUCGCUCUCUCUGCUCCACCUCUCGCUCUCUCUGCUCCACCUCUCGCUCUCUCUGCUCCAUCUCUCGCUCUCUCUGCUCCAUCUCUCGCUCUCUCUGCUCCAUCUCUCGCUCUCUCUGCUCCAUCUCUCGCUCUCUCUGCUCCAUCUCUCGCUCUCUCUGCUCCAUCUCUCGCUCUCUCUGCUCCACCUCUCGCUCUCUCUGCUCCAUCUCUCGCUCUCUCUCUCUCUCUCUGCUCCAUCUCUCGCUCUCUCUCGCUCUCUCUCGGCUCCACCUCUCGCUCUCUCUCGCUCUCUCUCGGCUCCACCUCUCGCUCUCUCUCUCUCUCUGCUCCAUCUCUCGCUCUUUCUCGGCUCCAUCUCUCGCUCUUUCUCGGCUCCAUCUCUCGCUCUCUCUCGGCUCCAUCUCUCGCUCUCUCUCUCGGCUCCAUCUCUCGCUCUCUCUCUCUCUGCUCCAUCUCUCGCUCUCUCUCGCUCUCUCUCGGCUCCACCUCUCGCUCUCUCUCGGCUCCAUCUCUCGCUCUCUCUCUGCUCCAUCUCUCGCUCUCUCUCUCUCUCUCUGCUCCAUCUCUCGCUCUCUCUCUCUCUGCUCCAUCUCUCGCUCUCUCUCUCUCUCUCUGCUCCAUCUCUCGCUCUCUCUCUCUCUCUCUCUGCUCCAUCUCUCGCUCUCUCUCUCUCUCUCUGCUCCAUCUCUCGCUCUCUCUCUGCUCCAUGUCUCGCGCUCUCUCUGCUCCAUCUCUCUCUCUCUCGCUCUGUGCUCCAUCUCUCGCUCUCUCUGCUCCAUCUCUCGCUCUCUCUGCUCCAUCUCUCGCUCUCUCUGUUCCAUCUGUUGCUCCCUCUCUCUCUCUGCUCCAUCUCUCGCUCUCCAUCUCUCGCUCCCUCUCUCUGCUCCAUCUCUCGCUCUCUCUCUGUUCCUGCUCCAUCUCUCGCGCUCUCUGUCUCUCUGCUCUAUCUCUCGUUCUCUCUCGUUUUCUCUCUCUCUCUCCCUCUCUUUGUCUAUGCCUCCUGUCUGCCCUUGCUCCAUUGAAAGGCUGCUCAGGCAUUCCUGGGAUACCAGCGGUACCGCCUGGGAGCCGACUCUGCUCUUUUCUCCCAGGAGUACACCGACCCGAGCCAGGAUACC